CAGCUCAGUGUGGUUAAAUAGGUCUGUGGAGCGGCGGCAGCAGUGCCCAGUGUUCCGCAGCAGAGAUGGAGGAAGAGCUGGCUGCCUGCGCGCUUCUAUAAACCAGACAAAUGAGAGCAGGUGGAGGAUCUAACCAUGGCUGACGCUGAAAAGUGAGGACCUGCUGUGCAGAAAGCCGGAGUCUGCUCUCCUCUGGGACAGAAUGGACCGCGUCCUCUGUUGAGUCUGCUGAGCCUCACAAAAACCAUCAUGCCGGCCACUUCCUCCAGCCUGACGGCUUGAGUUUCAUGCUGAUUCGUUGUUUGAGCACGUGUGUUUUCAGCGGUGUGUGCGGGAGGGAGAGUGUGGGCAGCCUCUCCUCGUUGGGUUGGGAUGGCCCAGUGAUGAACGGAGCGGUGCAGCCUGGUAGCCCGGAGCUCUCCUCCUCGUGCCCACUGCCAGACUGGCGAGAGUUCUGCGAGCUCCACGCUCGAGCCUCUGCUGCAGACUUUGCCAACAAGUUCCAGCGCUUUCUGUUAGAAAACCCCUGCUACGACUCCCCCGGAGCAGACACCAGCUUCUCGCAGCACUUUGCCCAUCACUUUUUGGAGUGUUUCUCUGCAGCGCUAACCCAGGCAAGAGAGAGCAAAGCAUCCUCUCCGGGGGAGGACGUCUCCAACGCAGCCCCCAAGUACAGCAUUGUUCCUUUUCUGGGAAUCCAGGGUUGCCCGCUGUCCUACGGUCACGACCUUUAUCAGAAGCGUAAAGACGCUGGGGCUUCAACUGAAUCCUUGGACAGCAUGGACAGUGGAGGGGGAGGGAUAGACGGGGGAGGCAUUGGCACCGCCGCCUCCCGAGGCCGCCAAACGACUCACAAGGUGUCCGCUCUGGGACAGUCCCGCAGCUCGGAGGAUGUGUCGGUUAGUCACCCAAAGGCUCGCUUCAAAAAAGGCUUUUCCCUGAGGAACAUGAGCCUCUGUGUGGUGGACGGGGUGAAGGAGAUGUGGCACAGACGCGCCUCCCCCGAACCAGAGGCUCCUUCCGGGGCCAGGAAAGCAAAUGGGGGAGGUGGGGAGGCGGCAGGGGGAGAGAGGUGGUCCCAAAAGCUGCGGCUUCCCAGAGGCUCCCAGGGCCACAAGGCAGAGCUCCUGGAAAUCCAGAGGGAGGGGGUUCUGAGGUACAUGGUGGCAGAUGACACAAACUGUAUGGGGGCUGCACAGUGGCAGAAAUGUCGCUUGCUGCUGAGGAAGACCAAGAGGGAAGAAGGAGGUGACAAGUUCAUGCUGGAGUUUUACGUGCCACCUAAGUCCUCAAAACCCAAAGUCAGCAUCCCUCUGUCAGCCAUUGUGGAGGUGAGGACCACCAUGCCGCUGGAAAUGCCCGACAAGGACAACACUUUUGUUCUUAAGGUGGAAAAUGGGGGAGAAUACAUUCUAGAAACCAUCGACUCCUUACAGAAGAACUCAUGGGUUGCUGACAUCCAGGACUGCAUAGACCCCAGUGACAGUGGUGACGACAUUGAGCUGGCGUCCUGUCCCCACGGUCAGGUCUCCAAAGACUGCUCCAUGGUGGCCUCGUGCAGCUGUGAGCUGCUGUCAGAAGGAGUGUACCGGGCUCCAGAGAGGCCUUGUUCUACAGCAGCAGAGCACUACAGCGCCCCCUCAGUCCGUUGCAGGGAACCGUCUUUUACCCAGCACCCUUCCCACAUGCCGUUAGAGCGCUUCCUUCAGUCUCCAGAGGCUCAGAAUGCCUCUGCAGGUGGUGAAGGAGCAAAAGAGUCUGAGAGGGAUGCCAGCUUAGUGGGCUACCCAUGGUUCCACGGUACGCUGUCUCGCGUGCGAGCGGCCCAGCUGGUGCUCACUGGCGGGGCCAUAAGCCACGGGCUCUUUGUGAUUCGCCAGAGCGAAACGCGACCCGGCGAGUACGUUCUCACCUUCAACUUCCAGGGUAAAGCCAAACAUUUGCGCUUGUCUGUUAAUGAGAACGGGCAGUGCCACGUGCAUCACCUGUGGUUCCACACUGUGUCGGACAUGCUGAGACACUUCCACACCCACCCCAUCCCGCUGGAAUCUGGCGGCUCAGCCGACAUUACGUUACGCUCCUAUGUGCAGGUGCAACGAAGCUCCACUGCAGCUGCUACAGAUGUGACCGUGCCACCAGUCCUCACCCCUCCCAGGGAAGCAGCCUGCAGAGCAGAUACAGCUCAGCCCGCUCUUCACACCUCUGGAAUGACAGCGCCUGCAGGGCCUCCCUCUGAUGGCCCCCUGUCGUCAAGCACCUCUUCCUCACCAAUUGCUCUUCCUUCCCUCUCCCGAAGUGACCCUGGUACCGGAGGAGGAGUAGGAGGGGGCCUGCAGAGCCGGAGUAACAGCUCGGAACGGCUGCUGGAUGCCUCUAGUGGAUCAUCUGAGGACUACCAUGAUGCAGAUGGGACUCGGAGGGCCCGGGCCGUGGAGAACCAGUACUCUUUCUACUAAACAGCCCCUAUCAGGGAUGAGUCAUUUGUUCUGUGACUGAGGGAGAUGACAUGGGGCAUCUUGUGUUUGAGGGGAAGUGGUUCACAUCACCGGAUCACUUACCAUUUUCUGUUUUAGUUUUCAGGCGAUUUCCAGUUGAAGUGAAGAAAAAAUUCUAGGCGGUGUUUACACUAAACUUUUUUCAGUUUGCUUCUGUUUUCCUUAUGAAAAUUAGCCACAAAGGAAGUCAGUGGAAGAAAUAUACGACUUCUAAGGAAAAGGGAAGUUGUCCAGUGAACCCAGCUGGCCUUGAUUCCCCUCCUCUGACCCCUUCCUGCUCAGCCUUACCCCCAGUUCCCCAAAAGCAGAGCCCGUGUCACCCCCCUUUGGGAGGGCCGAGUUUGAACUGACCCAACAGAGAAGCUCCCUCCCCAGUGAGCUCCUACAAGCUUUUGAGAGCAUCUCCUCAAUGUUUGUAAAGCUGCUUUGAGUUUGUUCCGGAUAUCCUCACUGUCCCUGUGGGUUUCCCCUAAAAAGUCCCGCUCUGGCUCUCUUCAACCACAUCAAUACAGCUCGGAGAUAAUUUUCCCCCAAACACUUUUAACCUAAAGGGUCUCAGUGCCUGACAGUUACUUUAGACACACGAGCUGCUGCAAAACAAGGAUGUAGCAGACAAGAAUGGCGACGCUGGCAUCUCAUAUCAUCACAGAAAGGCUAAAAAUGAAAUCUUGUCAUUUUUUGCUUAAGAUAUACAAAAUAUGCAUAUCUCUUCAUACAGCACAUCCAUGCUUUGGAAGGUUUUAUUGAUACCAUUACAUAUGCACACAAGGUCAUGUGUUGCAGAUGUGUCUGACGCAGCUUUUUGCUGGUGUUUUAGAGUUCAGAUAUUUUUUAAUAAAGAGUGUGCUGCAUUAAUAAAAAAAAGAUGUUUUUCUGGGUUCCUCCUUCUUGUUAUGGUCCUGUAGUCACCUGCAUUAUAUUGAAAACCUGUAGAUUAGAGAUGCUGAUAAUAUAGAUUACUUUAAAGAAAUGCCUUGAACAUAUUAUUAUACCAAAUCCAGCAUUUAUCAGAGGGACUCAGAACAUGUCUUUUUUUUAUUAUGAAAGUGAUGUGUGCUGUCUUGUGUGGCCUGCAGGUGAAUUUGUGGGCAUAUACAGUUCAAAAAGCAAACAAUGGCCAUGCUUGAAUGGAAAUAUGUCAUGUUAUCUUUAAUCCAUAUUAAUUUCUUUCUGCAUUUUUUAAGUAUUAAAAGUUGUAAUUUCAUUUAGAAAGAAAUUAAAGUCAUUCUUUUGAUUUUAGAUUUUACUUGGUUUCCUUUAUGAAAAGUUUAUUUUUUUCUUUUGAUGUUUUUUUUUUUUAAGAAUCCACACUGCUAGUUUAAGAUCGACUUCAGUGGCAAAAAGGCUUUCAGUAGCAGAGAGUCCUGGUUUUGUGUUUGUUCAGCUUUAUGUAUCACUUUUUUUAAUAGAAACACUACCUUUUACUCAACUAAUUAAGGCUUUUAAACACAGUUGAGAAUAAACUGUAAAAAAUUGUGAAUAACUUUUUAUUUUGGUUUCUAACAACUUUAAAAUUAAACAGUUCAUCAGAUUCAUGUUUAGGAUAGUAAAAAUUAAUUGUGACACUACAAAAGGUUUUACGCCUGAGCAUUGUUUUUUUUAUUGUUGCUUGGCAACCAAUUGACUAGUAGGGGAAAAUUUGUAUUAUUGUUUUUUUAAUUUAAGAAAAAAAAUGCUUAUGUAGAUAUUUUACCCCAAAGUGGAAAUAAAUGAAACAAUAGCUUCAUGGUAGGUUUUCUGGGUUGUUUUUUUUUUUUUUUUUUGGUUAUGGUACUUAACUUUUUCCCCUCUUUUAUUUGCUUUGUUGAAAUAAACAUAUCACUGUCUUUUCAAGCAUGGCCAUGUAGCUUCAGAGGAGCGAAUGGAGCCGUUUAUGUGCCAAUUUGAACCCUACUUUUGAAACCUAUAAUUUAACUGCUGUAGAUGACAUUUUUCCUAUUGAAUAUUAUUUAUGUAAAACCCCUUGAUGAAAAUGUCCACAGUGGAACAGUGUCUGUGGCGAGGAAACUUACCCUACAUAUCACAGAUCUUUCAUGUCUACCUUUAUUUUCCUAAUUCUCUUACAGUUCAACUUUCUGUGGUCUGACUGGGUUUUGAAGAGUCUGUGCAAUUUUGUACAAAGUGAUGUACUUGACAUACUACUUUAUAUUUCUGUGAAUAAAAUGUGAAGAAACAAC